AAGUACAUGUGUAGGUGUCAUUACGUGGGUAGGGGGUAGCGUAAUGAGAAAGUAAGGGUAAAAACAAGUAGGAGUUGAUAAGACAAAGUGGUAGUGGGGUUGAACACGCGUGCGCGCAAGAUCGGUACACAUCUUAAGCCGAUAGCCGAUAGUCACCAGCUGUGUAAGCUACCAGCCACGGCUCCUCGUCGUCUCCCAAUACCUUUACAUCGUCCACGUAAGAAAAUAAUAAUUAAUAAACCACCAGUUCAGUGCUAAUCAAUCGGUAAUGGAGCCGCUUCAAAUAAAAGAUGAAAGUUUAAGUUAAGUGUCACUCCAUACCAGUUCAACAAUCUCACAAAAAAUAUUUAUCAUAAAUACAAAAAUAGUUCUCGCGUUUACAUAUUAUUGUAAAUUCCAAGUAUAAUAACAAUAAUAACUCGGAGUAUGUUUAAAAAAAAAUGUUUCCCUCUGUGAAAGUGUCUGGUUAAAUUCACCUUGGGACUGGUGUCGUUCCCACGAUACAAUCGUCGACAUCCAGAUCAAAAUUACCAUCCAGAUCCAGAUUUAAAUUAUCAAUCCUGGAGCUCAUAUUUUAUAUAUAUAACUAAAUAAAUAACAAUGACAACCAGGGAGCUCUACGUCAAGGGUGCAAGAGUAUGGAUCCAACAUCCAGAAAAAAUAUGGGAAGGAGCUGUCCUUCUGGACGACUACAAAUCCACAGACACGACAAUAAAACUCCGAGUAGAUGACACAAAAGAUCAGCGAGUCAUUGAAGUAAAAGCGGACAGUGACCUUCCGCCACUGCGGAACCCGGACAUACUGAUAGGAGAAAACAAUCUCACUUCACUGUCCUUUCUCCACGAGCCGGCUGUUCUUUACAACCUGCAGGUCAGGUUCCAGCGGCGGUGCAUCUACACCUACUGCGGGAUAGUCCUGGUGGCGUUCAAUCCCUAUGACGAGCUUCCGAUAUACGGCAAUGACACGAUAUGGGCGUACCGCGGUCAGGCAAUGGGGGACUUGGAGCCCCACAUCUUCGCGGUCGCCGAGGAGGCCUACACCAAACUGGAACGCGAGCUGCACGACCAGUCGAUUAUCGUAUCCGGUGAGUCCGGAGCCGGAAAAACCGUAUCCGCAAAAUAUGCGAUGCGUUACUUUGCGACAGUGGGCGGGUCCUCGACUGAGACGCAGAUCGAGAAAAAAGUUCUCGCCUCCUCGCCGCUGAUGGAGGCGUUCGGUAACGCCAAGACCACGAGGAACGACAACUCAUCGCGCUUUGGUAAAUUUAUAGAGAUUCAGUUCAACAAAAAUUAUCACAUCACCGGCGCAUCAAUACGUACAUAUUUGUUAGAAAAGUCACGUGUCGUGUUCCAAGCACACCAAGAACGCAAUUAUCAUAUAUUUUAUCAACUGUGUGCCGCAGCAACGUCUCCAUCCACGCAAUCCAGUCCAGCAGACUUGUCAGCUCGUCUAAAAAAUUUAAAAUUAGACCACGGUAGUAAUUUCCAUUAUCUAAAUCAAGGCAAUUGUUUCACAAUCGACAAUCUUGAUGACUCUCGUGCCUUCCAAGACACGCUGUCAGCAAUGACCCGUCUGGGAUUCGAGUCCAAGCAACAGGACGACGUAUUCAAAAUAAUAGCGGCAAUUCUUCAUCUGGGUAAUGUUCAAAUACUCCAAGAUCCCCAGGCUUCUGAAGGUGGGGACAGCGAAGGAUGCACAAUACCCUCAAAUGACCGUCAUUUGAAUAUUCUGGCCCAGUUGAUGGGCAUUGAUCCCACAGCAAUGCGCAAGUGGCUCUGUCACCGGAAAAUCGUUUCCAUGCGCGACGUUAUUUUGAAGCCCAUGAAUGUCGAUCAAGCCAUCGGAGCUCGUGAUGCUCUGGCAAAACACAUCUACGCCGAGUUGUUCAACUUUAUUGUCCACGGGAUCAAUGAAUCGCUGCGAAGCAAAGUUAAAGCCCUGUCUUUCAUCGGCGUGCUGGAUAUAUACGGAUUCGAAACCUUUGAAAUAAAUUCAUUCGAGCAAUUUUGUAUUAAUUAUGCAAAUGAAAAGUUACAGCAGCAAUUUAAUCAACACGUAUUCAAACUCGAGCAAGAAGAGUAUUUGAAAGAAGAAAUCGAGUGGACGUUUAUUGAUUUUUAUGAUAAUCAACCGUGUAUUGAUCUAAUUGAAACCAAACUGGGUAUUUUAGAUUUGUUAGAUGAAGAGUGCCGCAUGCCACGUGGUUCCGACGACUCGUGGGCCGAGAAACUCUACUCUAAGUGCGUAAAAUCCAAGCACUUUGAACGCCCGCGGUUUGGCACCAAUGCCUUCUUGAUUCAUCACUUUGCAGACUUGGUUGAGUACUCGACAAUCGGAUUUCUUGAUAAAAACCGCGAUACCGUUAUGGAGGAACAGGUCGACGUGUUGCGAUCAAGUGACAACAAAUUACUGAAACAAUUAUUCAACGACGAUCCGCCAAAGCUGUCAGUUCCCAACAGCGGAGGUCAGCAUACGAAGCUAAAGAUAUCGGCGCAGAAGCCUCUGGCGAAUUUGGCGCCAAAACAAAACAAAAAGACCGUCGGGUCACAGUUUCGGGAUUCACUAAAUAUGUUGAUGUCGACGUUGAAUGCGACGACACCCCACUACGUCCGGUGCAUAAAACCCAAUGACUCAAAAGAAUCUUUUGAUUACGAUGCCCAGCGAUCUAUCCAACAGCUUCGUGCCUGCGGAGUGUUGGAGACAAUCAGGAUUUCAGCAGCCGGUUUUCCGAGUCAGCGAACGUACGCAGAUUUUUUUUCGCGAUACCGCUGCCUGUGUCCAUUCAAAGAAAUUCUAAGAGACGAUUUGAAGGAAACUUGCCGACGUAUAUUGAAGUAUUACAUAAAAGACGAGGAUAAAUUUAAAUUCGGUAAGACAAAAGUACUUUUUAGAGCGGGACAGGUUGCGUACUUGGAAAAACUACGGAGUGAGAAGCAACGGGACGCGUGUAUGAUGAUACAGAAACGUGUGAAAGGUUUUAUAAUGCGUAGGCGUUAUCAACAGGUGCGUAGAGCUGUCAUGGGACUGCAGAGACACGCGAGGGGGUACCUGGCACGCGCUAAAGCUCAAAGAAUCAGACGCGAACGCGCUGCUGUUAAAAUUCAAACCUGCGUACGAGGUUGGGUCACGCGUACGCGAUACCACCGAGUAAGACGCACGAUAAUUAGUCUUCAAAGGUACGCACGUGGUCUUCUUGCGCGCAGAAAGUACGCGGUGAUGAAGGACAACGCGGCUGCGACGACCAUCCAACGAUUCGCUCGCGGUUAUUUAGUUCGUAUGGCGGUAAAGCAAAAAAUAAACAAUAUUAUUAUUGUCCAGUGUUGUGUUCGUAAGUACUUGGCUCGGAAAGUCUUCAGGCGUCUCAAAGCUGAAGCCAAGAGUGUUGAGCAUGUAAAGACACUUAAUAAAGGUCUGGAGAAGAAAAUUAUAUCGAUGCAGCACAAGAUCAAUGAGAUAUUAAAAGAGAAUCAUGCGCUGAAAAUUGUUCAGACAGAGGUAGCGGAUCUUAAAGUCAAGUUGGAGGCGAUGAAGGCCGUGGAGCUGGAGAACAAGAGACUCGCGGGUAUUCUCGUUGAAAAGGAUCGUGAAUUGGAAAUUAUUGCUGAGACCGUUAAGCGGGAGCAGGAUGAAAAGAUGGAUCUGCUGUUGGAGCGUGAGAAGUUGAUUAAAGAUAAGGAAGAGGAAAAUAAGAGGCUGUGUGAGGAGACGGAGAGACUGAAGAAGGAGUUGGCAGUAGCCAAUGAGAAAUUGAAGAAUGAUCAACGUGGCGCUGAAGAGAAUCUUAAACACAGGUUGGAACAGGAAAAAGAUUUGCUGCUUAUGGAUCACGAUCAAGAUCGCGGCGCUUACCAGAAGCUGCUGAAGGACUACCAGGAUCUGGAGGAACAUGUCGAAGUGCUGGAGCGUAAGUUGGCGCUGCAUGCACCCGGGGAAGGUCACUCGAGGUCGCUGAGCAACGCAUCCAGUGGAAGUGUCGGUCAAGCUGCUUCUACCGACGUUCCCGAAGAAAGUAUCGACUUUGGUUAUGGAUCAGUAAGAUCUACGAUGUCUUCAACAGCCUACUCGAGAGUUGAGGCAAUCGAUUGGCAUCAAAGACGAUCCGAGAGUCCGCCAGACGGCGAAGCUCAGCCUACAAAGGUUCCAAUUGAAAAUGGAACUGUCAUCAACGGAGUACCGGUUGACGUGGGCCUGGUGCUGAAGCUGCAGCAGAAGCUCAAAGACGUCGAGAGCGCUUACGGACGAUUGGUGAGGACUUUGGAAGACUUGGAACGCGAUAGCAGUGAAGAAGGCUUGAGAACUCAGGACACUUUCAAGUUGGAAGAGUUGGAAAUGGAAAAUGCCCAGCUGAAGAAAGAUCUAGGGACACUGAGGAAGGCUGUUGUCGAUGGAGACGUCACUGCAGCCCAGAAAGAACUCAUGGGACAGUUUGAUGCUCUGCAGGAAGAGUUGGAAAGACGCAGAGAAGAAUGUAUUCAGCUGCACAGUGUCCUGGCAGAUAAUACCAAGAGGAUGAAGAGCCUGGGGUCUAACUACGGACGGGAUGUUGACAUCAUGAAUGAAGAUGGAGAGCUGGCACUUGCGUUCGAAGCGCAGAAAAUAAUUAACCGUCAACUGGAAGACGAGUUGCAGUCAAAGGAAAAAGGCUGGAGAGAUCAGCGGAAUGAGUGGAGGAGGGAAAUUGAUAGGCUGCAAGAUGAAAUAAUGAAGCAGCAGAAAUUGUUGAGUGUCAAUUUAAGUAACACGCCCCAGACCCAGACUGAAGCCUUCAUGCAGCAUGAAAUUGUUAAAAUAACAGCCGAGUACUUGGACUUGCAAGAAAAAUACGACAAAGUUGCUGAAGAAUGCCAUAAAUUGAAGAAAAGAUGUAGGAUAUUUGCCAAACGUCUGCGCGACGCCGGAUGCGAGGAUACUGAACCGAUACAGAUACCAGACCCACCAAAACCUCGCGCUUUUAUGAUAACCGCUCCUGUGCCAGACACAGUAGACCCAGCGCCAAAUCAGUCAUUAAUAACGACUCAGCAGUCAAACGGAACAGUGAUGCCGGCAAUAAGAAAAAAAGAACGCGAUUACGAGGGAAUGUUUGAAUUCCGAAAAGAAGACAUCACUGCUAUUAUUCGUAAUCUUGUCAUCGAACUGAAACCAAAGGUAGCAGUGACGUUGCUACCAGGAUUACCAGCGUACAUUUUAUUUAUGUGCAUCCGUCACACUGACUGCAUCAAUGACGACGAUAAAGUGACGUCGCUUUUAACCGGGUAUCUGAAUGCCGUCAAACGAGUUAUCAAAAAGCGGGACGACUUUGACUCGACGGUUCUCUGGCUGUCAAACACACUGAGGAUCCUUCAUAAUUUGAAGCAGUAUUCGGGCGACAAGCCUUUUCAAAUGGAGAACACAGCCCGCCAGAACGAGCAGUGCCUCCGGAACUUUGACCUCAGUGAGUACAGAUCAGUGCUAAGUGACGUCGGGGUCUGGAUAUUCGGCCACGUGAUGACCAUACUGAAGGAACGUAUCCAAGCAUUGACGGUUCCGGCCUUGUUGGAACACGAGGCCAUCACCGGGUUGAACUCAAAGUCCGGAAGACCGCGAUCGUCCUCAGUGGGCGAGGAACCAGAGUCGACGCAACAGAAACUCAACAAGUUACUGGAUGAGCUGGGGCUGAUUCACAAAACUCUCCAGUAUCAUGGCGUCGACAGAGACGUUAUCAUCCAAGUAUUCAAACAACUGUUUUACUUCAUGUGCGCCAGUGCGCUUAAUAAUUUACUGCUGAGAAACGAGCUGUGCCAUUGGGCCAAAGGAAUGCAGAUACGGUAUAACAUCAGUCACAUUGAGCAGUGGGCCAGGGAUGAGCAACUGGUACCAGCUAUUGAGUCUUUACAACCGAUAAUUCAGGCUGCGCAGUUGCUACAGGCGAGAAAGACUGAUGAUGAUGUUAAUUCCGUAUGCGAAAUGUGCAAUAAGUUGUCGGCUAAUCAAAUUAUUAAAAUUUUGCAUUUAUACACGCCGGCUGAUGGAUAUGAAACCCGAGUUCCUGUUACUUUUAUUCAAAGUGUACAGGAUAAAUUAAAAGAAAGACAAGAAAACAACGAACAGUUACUAAUGGACCUAAAGUUUUCAUAUCCAAUAAGAUUUACCUUCAACCCCUCGAACAUAAGACUAGAAGACAUCGAAAUACCGCCGGCACUUAAUUUACCUAUGCUCAAGAAAAUUUAAAUAAAAUUAUAGGUAAAUUUAAAAAAAAGUAAACUAAUUAAAUAACUUUAAUUAAACAAUUAAUUGAAUUGUGCAAAUACCUGCACAUUUUGUACAAUAUCAUUUUAUUAUUUUUUACUUUUAAUAUUUAUUGUACUUAAUAUUUAUUUUAAAAAUCACUCGUUAAUUAAUCAAUCAAUUAGUUAAAAUUUAUUACUAAUUAUUUGUUAAUUUUAAAUACUUAAUUAAUGAGUGAUGAAAAUGUGAUUGACUGCUAGAACGGUAGAGGCAAUUAUAAGUAUGUACUUAAGCACAUUCCAUUUAUUUAUUAACAGAUAAAUAAAUAUAUAUAUAUAGACAUAUAAAUAAUUAUUUUUAGCCAUACAAUAAUUAGGUGGGAGUGAAUUAAUUGCCUAUGUAAUUUAUUGUACAAUAACAAAAAAAAGAAAAUUAUGCAAUGUUACUACAGAUGGUAUAUAUUGUUAUGAAUUGAUAAAUUUAUUUGAAAAGGGAGCGAUGAUUGUUAUGAGAAUGUUAAAAAAAAUAUAUUUUUUUUGUCAAUCGAUUGUAAAAUAAAAAAUGAAUGUGUGCCAUUCCAUCUUUAUUAAUUAUAAAUAUAUUUAUAUGAGUAUAUUGUUUUCCUAAUUGAUCUGUGAUCGAUUUAAAUAGUACAUUAAACACCGAGGAAAGAAACAGUAUGUAGACUACGGGGGUUAAAAUGUCCUAUUUAUCUCCCCAGGUGUGUAAUGUACUAAUUGUUUUUCCUUAUUAGCUAAAUAAAAAGACCAACAAUUAAUUUUUUUAUUACAAUCAUUUUAUUUUGUUAAUUAAUGGUAAUAAUAUAAACGUUAAGCGUAGCGGCGUGAAAAUGAUAAUUGUUAUGAUUUAAAUGCGUGAUAAUUAAUUUAAAAUUGUAAUACAUGAUAUUAUAAUUUCAAUAAGUAAUGAUUAAAAUUUAUUAGAAUGUUAAUAAUUGAUGUAAAAUAGUAUACUACCUAGGCCAGUAAAAUAAGAAAAGUUUCAGAGCACAUGUAAUUGUUGGCCGAGGCUGACAAACAUGUGGUCUGAGGCUUUCUUUUUUACUGGCCAAGGUGCGUAUACUUUUCUGCUCGACGAAGCCGGAAAGUUGCAACUUCGUUCAGGGCAGCAGCCCGAAAGUUGCCACUUUCCGGCCGGAGGGCAGGAAAAUAAUAAAUGACCAUUUGUUAAUGAAUUAGUUCAUUUAUUAUAAAAUAAUUAAUGACGAUCGGCUGGUGAACGUACGUCGUCUAUUUUUAAUAUCAUUUUGACGAGUUGUGUUGCCAAUAAAAUUUGCUGAGUCUUACUUUUGAGUGAUUCGAUAACAUUUUGUGAUUUCAUGUCUGAAAAAAAAUCAUUUAUUUAAUUAAUUAAUUUAUUAUAAUUAUUAAGUAGUGAUGAUUAAUUACAAAAUACAUACCUAGAGUACCAACAUUCAUGCAGUCAAUGCCGAGAGCUGGGUUUCUUUGAGCCAAUUGUGAAGCUUUGGCUUCGGCAAGAGCAUCGACAGCAGCCAGACCCGAGUUGUCAGCCAGUGCCAUCGGAAUGGCUUCAAGUGCAUCAGCGAAUGCGCGGAACGCGUACUGUUCCAAGGUACUGAUGCUGUCUGCUUGGGCUGCACAUGCAAGAGCACAUGAUAUUUCUGAGGCACCACCUCCGUAGACGACUCUCUCGUCAGUUAUUAAAUUACGCACUACGCAAAUUGCGUCGUGCAAUGAUCUCUUGGCUUCUUCAAUGAUCUAUUGACAAAAAAAAAAUUAAUCAUUCAUUCAAUUAAUUAAUUAAUCAAUCGAGUUGCCAAUUCUUUCAUCAAUAAAAAAUAUAUUUACCAUUUUAUUGCCACCGCGAAUAAAAAUAGUGACAGCACGUGAAUUUUUGCAUUCUUCAAUGACAAGCAUACGGUCUUUAGUGGUUCCAAAUUUGAGUUCGCGUACAACACCAGCGUAGCCAAGUUUAUCUGGAGUUAAUUCUUCGAAUCUCGGUACGAUUCUACCGCCAGUUGCUAUGGCAAUCAACUAAAACUCAUAAAUAAAUUUACAUUUAAUUAAAUACUUAAAAAACAUUUAAUUAUAAAAAGAAAAAAAAUUUUUGAUUUAUAUUUUAACCCUCAGAUCUCAUAAUCUUUGAAUCAUAGGAGCCAUGCGAUGUAUUGGAUAUUAAAAUUAUCUGGUUUUAAAAUAAAAUAUGCGCGCAACCAACGGACGUGAGUCCAUCAGUAGAUUGCAUGGAAUUAUUUUAAAAAAUCAUUUAAUUUUAACACGCCAAUCAUCACUCUCCUCUAAGGCGCUUUGUCAUCAUUGGGUAAUUUUGAUAAA